CCCCGGCGGGCGCGGGCGCGAGACGCUGCGCGGCGGCAGCAGCGGGCGCGAGCGGCAGCUGUCAGGCCACCGAGGUCCAAGCCGCACUUGCUGCCCCAUUGAGGACGAGGCGGCAGCAGGAGCGGUGUCUCUGAGAAGCCAGACUGCCGGCACGCAGAACUGAGCUGUCCCGCACCGCGGCCCUCUCGCGUCUCCUUCCCACCGCACUGGAACUCUAAAAAGAAAGAAUAAAACAACAUCAGGAAAAAAGAAAAAGAUUAGAAUUGUGACAAAAAACCAACUGGGUUCUCUUGGUUAAAAAGUCCUUCCCUUCUGGUGCUGCAACAAUGAGUGGGAAAUCCCUACUCUUAAAGGUCAUUCUCUUGGGUGAUGGUGGAGUUGGGAAAAGCUCACUUAUGAACCGUUAUGUAACCAAUAAAUUUGACUCCCAGGCUUUUCACACCAUAGGGGUAGAGUUCUUAAAUCGAGAUCUAGAGGUAGAUGGACGCUUUGUAACUCUCCAGAUCUGGGACACUGCAGGGCAAGAACGUUUCAAGAGCCUUAGGACACCCUUCUACAGGGGAGCAGACUGCUGCCUCUUGACGUUCAGCGUGGAUGACCGGCAGAGCUUCGAGAACCUUGCUAACUGGCAGAAGGAAUUUAUCUACUAUGCAGAUGUGAAGGACCCUGAGCACUUUCCCUUUGUAGUUCUGGGUAACAAGGUAGACAAAGAGGAUAGGCAAGUGACUACUGAGGAGGCACAAGCCUGGUGCAUGGAAAAUGGGGAUUACCCUUAUCUAGAAACUAGUGCCAAAGAUGAUACUAAUGUGACAGUGGCCUUUGAAGAAGCUGUCAGGCAGGUGUUGGCUGUAGAGGAACAGCUGGAGCAUUGCAUGUUAGGUCACACCAUUGACUUGAACAGUGGCUCCAAAGCAGGAUCUUCAUGCUGUUAAAAAUAAGGAGCCUUUAAAAGUGUGCCCCAACUUGGUCAGUCAAUAGUAUAUGAAUAACUGUGCCCCUCUAAGAGUGCACACAUGCACACAAGAGGGUAAGAGAUAAGGUUCUGAUUGUGAAACAGAGCCUUUCAAAUUGAAGUUGUUGAACGAUUUAAAAAAAAAAAAAGCUUUAUCAAACCAAGUGUAUUUUGCGUGAUUUCUGCUACUUCCCCUUCUUGUGUGUCUCAGGACUUAUCUGAAAGUUUUAGUCCUGAGAGGUUUAAAUAUUUUUAAAAUCACAGUUUAAACGUAGAUCCCAGCCGCAUGAAGGAGUUAAAGAGCUACAGCUAUCCCUUAAAGCAUUCCAUUAAUCAACUAACAAAUGUCACCAUCAGACUCUUGCCAAUCAGUUUCUGACAUUUCUGCCAAAGGGAAAAAAAUAAGACUCUGAGGUGUAUUACAAUAAAAAUAAUGAUGCAAACAAGAAUUCCUAAGCUUGAAUUAUAAAGAGGUUAUAACAAUUGGGAAUGCAAAAGUAUUAUGACGUAUACUGACUUGUGUAAAUCCUUAUGUAUGGUGUGCUCCCAUUUGAGCUUUCCAAAAUAUACCAUCUCAAUAAGAGAUACUCUAAUGACACUGGAAAUUGAUUAUAUUCCUUGUGUUUGAAGUCACAGGAUACUAGUGAAUGGAUUAUGCUUAAAUAUGCCAACCACCCUUGCAAAUAAAUGGUUGGCCUGCUUUUACUUCAUAAGUCUACUUUUGCUGCAUAAAGAUGUUGCUUCUCUGACAAAACCUCUUAUCAGUUUAGCAAUGCUGCUUAGUAUAUGGCUUUGGGUGCAGUGCUUUCUGCUCAUAAUUUAGAUGGUCCUUUGAUCCACCAUGCUGGGCUUACGGAGAAGGCUUCAGAAAAGAUAAUGGGCUUUUCUCACAAGGUUCCUUAACUCAAAUAUUUAUUAUUUAUUGUAGAAGGAACUGAUUUCUUAUAUGUUGCACUGUAUGUUCAGCCGGCCAAACUAGGACAUUAAAAGUGACAAAAGAGCAGAUUUUAACCCUGCAUUAGAAUGAAUUUCUUAUAAUUAGAGUUGUCCAACAGUGGAAUGGACUGCCUUAAUAGUAAGCUCCCUUCCAGUGAAAAUAUUCCCUGGAUGACCAUCUGUUAAAAUACCAUAGAAGGAAUUUCUUUACUGGCUACAUGUCCAAUAUAAGGUCUCUUUCGGCUCUAAGUUCAAUGAAUCUAUAAACUGUGUCAGUGCCGUGCUGUGGUUAGAUUUAUCUGAAGAUAACAGCUAAGACUAUGGAGAGGGACUUUAAAAAUUCUCAAACCAUUCUGUGAUCAGCUUUUAACAGCAACUACAUAGCUGUUCCUUUUGCUUUUGCACUGUGGCAGGAAAAAUUCCUAAACUCUGAGUAAUCUUUAUGAGCCCUGAUAUGAACACCCUAAAGAUACCAUAUUAAAAUAUUAAUACAAAAAUGGUUUGACAAUUUUUGAUUGCUAUGACUGCCAGUUAUAUACUGUAUUAUGAAUAUGCAGUCUGGUUAUUGUUGGUUGAUCUGUUUGUCCUGAGGAGUUUUUAAUCUGUACUUCAAAACAUCUAUGAUAAGAAUAGUGACCCAAGGUAGUGAGAGACAGUUAGAAAUGACCCCAAAAAGAGACCUAGGCCAGGAAGGAAGUGGGAGCUUUCACAGGAAUACAGCCUAGACCUCUCCAUUGUAGCCACAUAUGGAAUCAGCCUUACAUGUGGGACCUUAUGUGCUUUAAGAGCUCUGGGACUUUUUGGCCACAUAGACAAGAGGAGAACAGUAUUUCAACCCAGGCGUACUCAAUAUUUCCAAUUAAGAUAUAGUCCUGACCCUAUUAUUCAAUUAACUUUGAUGCCAGAAGUCAAAGCCAGAACUGGGACCCACAGCUCUUAAGUAUUGGUCCCUAUCCUGCCUAUGCCUAUAGCCAGCCGCACUGGUUUUCAAGUUCUAUGAUCAUUUUGCUACAAUUAUGUUAGGGUGAAAAUCUGUAUGUCAAAAGUGUUAAAUGCUAAUUAUUUUUAAGUGCAUGAGACCUGGGGCCUUCUCUUUCUACUUGCACUCUGCUUAUAAUAGUUUCUAUUUGUAGAUCUCAGGCCUUCACGAAGACCUCCAUCAACUCACAAAAGUACUUGUCUCUAUUAGAGUGGCAUGUGGUCAUUUGAGUAAAAAACUUAUGUGGGUAUCCAAUUCAUAGGCAUCCUGUCCAUCCGAGACAAGUGUUAAUUUUAUUAGCCUGUCAACUGAAGCCCCUUUCCUCUUAGCCAUACCAAUUUUUUCUGCCAAAUUACUACACAAUAUCUUAGUGAAAGCACUAAACAUUAAAUGACAAAAACAGUGGCAUUUUGGUGAGUAACACUCAGUGGGGUGCUGACAUAUAGUUCGGGUAAGAUUAAAAAACACCAAAGGCUGAAAUCUGUGAGUACCAGGAACUGUGCAUAUAGGUUUAGAAAUUGACUAUGUACCCUAGAAUGUGCAGUGCAAUAUUUUCAAUAGGUGAUUUUUAAUGAACACUAGAUUUUUGAAAUAAUAUAUUUCUAAUUAGGACUAUACUGUUUUUCAAUGAUCCAUCAAAACAUCAUACAGAAUAUUUAUUUAGUUUAUUAUGUAUUGGCUAAGUUUAGGGGGCCUCAGAUUCCAUAUGUCUUCAGUGGAUUGAUGACUUUCAGGUUAAUUUGUGCCUGCCUCAGCCAUCUCUGUUUUAUCCUGAGGUAUUCCACAAUCCUCUUGUUGCAGGUGCUGCUAAAAAUCUCAAAAUUGUGUAUCGGAUAUUUUCUUCCAACUGUAAAAAACCAUCUGUGUUAAAGUGAAUAAAAAGUGCAUUUUGAAUAACCAA